ACCUCUCAGCUGGCGGACGGACGACGGACCCGACAAAAAUUGCAUGACAGUCGGAGGUUGUUGACUUUAUGAUUCACAAAUUUUACCCAAUCACCAAACAGCGGGUUACCUGAGAGACCGGCGGUGCACACAUCUUAAAUCCUUGAUGAGGAGAGUAAUUUCCAAUUUAGUCCGCAUUAGUGCCUUUAGUGUCCGUCCAGUUGGUGCUCGACCCCCGAAACACAAAUUCCUUCAACUUUGCUCUCUCCAAAGCUUACAAGCAAGAGCCAUGUCGGAAGAACGCAAGAUUGACCUGUCGUACGAUGACAUUAUCGACCUGAAAGCCAAGGACCAGAUUGUCCUGGUUGAUGUCAGAGAGCCUAAGGAAAUUCAGGAGACUGGCAAACUGCCUGGAAGCAUCCACAUCCCUCUUGGAGAGUUGCAACAGGCUCUGCAGUUGCCAUCCGAGGAAUUCAAGAGCAAAUAUGAAGGAGCUGACCAGCCUGACAAGACCUCUGACCUUGUAUUUUCCUGCCGAGGAGGGGUGCGCAGCAGAAAAGCUAUGGCAGCAGCUCAGGAGAUUGGAUUUGCAAAUGUGCGUCACUAUGCUGGUGGUUGGUUGGACUGGGAGGCAAAAACGAAGAAGUAGAAAAAGAUUUAAAAGCGCUUUUUCUAUAAGAAUUAAUUAAUGUUCCCUUUCACUGCUAUUAAUUACAGAAUGUUUGCCUUGUAUCUCAUUCAAUCACAUUUUUGUGCACUGACAUUCUGCAAAAAAUAAAUUUCUCCCAUUCUAUUUUGCUGAAUA